CUGAAACUAUAAGGAAAAAAUCAAAUUUUCGCAAUUAAAUUCGCAAAUUGUAUAAGAAUUGGCCGCAAUUACCGAAUGCCCAAUCUAUAAAGUUAUGUGAAUAAAGAAAAAUAUACAGCAAACCCCUGUAUUUAACAAAUUCUUGGUGAUUAAGAAGAAAAGCAUGCGUCCGUCUCAAUGACGUCGUUUCGUUCUGUCGUCGCACUAAUGAAAGAAAUUGAAAAAAUGUGAAAUAAUUCCUCAAAGCUAUGUGCUAUGUGUUCAGCUGCUAAUGAGGAUGAUGUAAAUAAAUAAUAAUAUAAUGUGAAAUUGUUAUAAGUUGAUCAAAGUGAAAAAAUACAAAUCUUAAAAUGAGUUCUUCGCAUCCUCCAAGUGAAGGCAAUGUGCCCAGUGCAACAGCAGAAUCCGCUCCACCAACGCCAUUACCAACCAAACCGUCAACCUCUAAUGAGGUUAAUGGAAAUUCCUCCAUACCUCCAAAAAGUACUGGGGAUGUUGCAGGAGAAACAGCCAUCAAUGAAACUUCUAAGCCCAUUACAAAAGCUACCAACCCGAUGGGUGAUGGUAGACGCCUUAUACGCACCAUACGACCCAUAGAUGUAAGAAAAUUACAACAAUCUGGAUUGGAUCGUAAAAUAGCAGAAGCCUUAAGUAAACAAAAACAGGCGACGAAAUUGAAUACCAAACCAACAGCAACAACACAGCAAUCACUACCUACGAAACCCCUACCAACAAUCAACUCCAGCCCCAGCUCUGCAUCAAAUGUGCCUUCCAAUCAUGUGAAUAGUGUGAAAAAACUUCCCACAACAAGUGGAGUGUCUGCAACAUCAACAGCUUCUGCACCAUCAAAGGCGGCACAUCCAACAGUCCAUAUGCCGGUUAAAACUGCUGCUGCUUUAAAAUCGCCUUCUGCUCAGCCAAAGUCCACAAACGUAAAACCAAUAAUACCACCCAAAAUUACAAUUACCGCGCCGGAAACAACAUCGCCUAGCCACGAAGUCACUAAGCUACCAACCACAAAUGAUCUAACUCCUGAACAACGUAUGAAACAUGUUAAAAGUUUGCUACAUCAAAAGCUUAUGCAAAGACAGAACUCCUCACCGCCAACAUUCUAUGUCAAUGAAAAGGGGCAAAAACAAUAUGCCCAUCUGAAGCCGCCCAGCAAUGUAAUGCAGCAGUCUCCGCCACCUUUACAACCACCAGCACCACAAACAAUUCCAAAUUCAGCUACUACACCCUCAACACCACCCUCACGGAUUUUCACCAAAAAUUCCAGACAAUUAUUACAAAAUUCAGAUGUGGAACGAAGGCAUGAUCAGCAAUUCGCUGGAGAUCCAAAAGUACCGAUCAAUAAUGGCACCCAACAUGUGAAAGCAAGAAGUAAUACUGCCGCUCCACCCCAACAUUAUGCCAUUAGCCAUGACAAUCAAUGGGGGUCAACACCAAAUCUAUAUCAAAAAUCGGGAGCCUUCUUGCCAUAUUCAGCGCCAACUAUAAGUGGAAAUCAAUCGAGAAAUCCCUCAUUACCCAAUCAUGGGGGAGAUGAAUCGCCAUUUAAUAUAUAUUCUCAUAUAAAUCUGCCUGCUUCACACAGCUUGAAUGUGACACAACACAAUUUUAAGCUCAACAACCACAAUAGACAACAGCCUUCGGAUCAAUGGGGUGAAAUUUUUCAGGAUAAUUAUAAUCGCAAUGCGAACCAUAUACCAUAUUUGUCAACAACAGCCGCUCAACAUUUGCCCAAUCUAAACCAAGCGCUGCCCACAACAAUUGCAAACAAAAAUUAUGGCACACCUCCACCGCCAGCACCCCCACCCCUUUCAGCCUCAGCAAUGGCAGAUCAUUCAACACCCGAAUCCGAAAUGUCAAACAUCCCAUAUAACAAUAAUCCCGAUAUUAUGAUAAAACCUCUGAAUGCCAACAACAAAAACUUGCUAAAUUCUCCAUAUGUCUUUAAUAAAAACUUUCAAGGACAUGCAUUGCAACACAGCACCCCCAGCAAUAAGCUACCAACAAAGCCAAAAACGCCACAAAAAUCUCCCCAAGAUAUAGCAAGGAAGCUAGAUUUUGAUGGACAAACCAAGCCUCCAACUACCAUUGCCAAACCACAAUAUUACACCGCACCUAAUGUUCCACAAAUCAGUGGUGGUGGUGAUUGUGAUAUACCCAAGGCUUCGGUGAAGCCAGUACAUACUCAAAUUUCAAUGGUCAAACAAUCUGAGACAUCACCAGCUUCAAUAGCGAAACAACGAAUUGUAGUACCCGAUGUAUCUCCCCUAAAGACUCCUUUUCCCACAGCAAAUGUGCCGCAGGAGGCUCCAUUACCCAACAUUGAUAUCUUUAAGAAGCCCUAUCCAUCACCAAAUCAAAGUUACUAUCAAAUGUUGGCACACAACAAUGUCAUGGAGCCCCCCACAACCUCUUAUCACUUGGCCAAUAACACAUCCGAUGCAGAAGAGGCUGCUGCUGAGAGUGUGGCAAACACAACUUCAACUGUGUCCGUGCCUGUUAAUAAUUCCCUAGCUCCCAAUUCGCUAAUUGUUCUGGAAAACAAGGUACUCUCCCAGGAUGAAAUGAUUGAUUUGACGGCCUUACGUUUGUCCACCUCUAAAUUUGAUGCCCCACAGCGUUUUGCAAGGCCUCACAAGCCCAUUCCCGAAGUGGUUAUAAAACAAGAAAAUCCAGAUGAUUUUCCUGCAGCUGAAAGCACCUCUACAUCACCCAAAAUACAUGACUCUUCGGAGCAAACCUCGGUUACAGCUGCAAGUCCACCCUUGAUACAACCUCUGAACAGUCAAAAUCCCAAUCAAAAAGGCAUGGUACUUAUCUCUUCAAGGCAAAAUAAAAAGAUUAUUGUAAAUGCCUCGAAGUUGCAGUUACCGCCUGAGAAGAUUGCAGAUUUGGCAAAGAUUAUUGCCCAAAGGGCUGUGAACAAGGCAUCAAACACAAGUGACCAAACUGGUAAGAUAUCGGGGGGAGAGCGUCAGAUGCAAAUUGGCAAAACCACAGGGGAAGAUCUAAAGCCGAAAACCAUUGCCGGGCAAAAAGUUUAUCUGAUUGUGAGAAAAAAUACAACCCCUCAAAAGUCGGAUGGAAAUACGGCUACCACACCGGCAAUUGUGAGUUUUACAAAUAAGCAAGUACCUCUCCAGAAACAAAAUUUCAACACUCCUUAUCAACCCCAGCCUACCUUAAAUCAUGAAAGUCGCCAAGAAACCAUGCCCUCUAAAUCAACAAAACUCUCUUAUACGCCUACCAAAUACUUGAAACCAGCUGUUGAAAUAGUGGAUGAGCCCAUGGAUGAGGAUGACGAAGAAGCAAAUUUCUCCGCUGUUGACUUCAUUGCAUCAUUGGCCAAUAACAAUCCCAUUACCGAAGAAACCCAAUUAGAAUUAUCGCCCGAGGAGUUGAAUUUAAAUGCCUCUUGUGCCAUGAAUCUAUCACCUCUGCGUAUACCAAAUGCUGCUUCACCACGUAGACGUCACGCUUCCACAUCACAGUUUACCACACCGGGCGCCGAGGAUGUUAUCAGCCCCAGGAGGGUGCGUACCAAUUCCCAUAUGGACAUUGGAAAAGUUGUAAAUAUGAACAGCGAUGAUGAGUACAAUUCCUCCUAUGUACCCAUGGUGGACACAAUUAUUAUCGAAAGUUCCAAGGGCCGUGAUGUUCUGCGAAAAUCCGUAGAUAAUGGAGAGAAGGAUUCCAGGCAAACGCCGAUUUAUAGGCUUGGUGUUGAUCCUAAUUCAAUGUGGCAACCGAUAAAUACAAUUGGAGAAAGAGGAAAAAAGUCAUCAUCCCCGAAAGUCACCAGUACCAUGUCGCCACAAGAAGAACUCAAACAAUACCUAAAAGCAAGAUUACCACAAAUAAAAAUAGUUUCACCCUCCAAAUUAUCACCUAUUAAAAAAGAUAUGUCUAUGCCUAGGGAUAUUAAUUUUAAGGUGUUAAACAUGGCAGAAAACUCAGUAGAGAAUUUGAACAGAAAUAUGAAUUCAGUAGAAUCUGCCAAGGAACACAUUGGCAAUCUUAAUGAAAAAUUGCCUGUAGAGAGUUCUAGAAAUAUUUCCAUUGGAACUCCCACUAAUGAUUUGAAAAUAUCUGAAAUUAUAAGUGCAAGUCAUUCCGAUGGAGAAGAUCAAAUUAGAAAGAUUUUGAUGGGGACUUCAGUUCGGAAAAAGAAAGAAACAACCACAACAAGUAUAGAUGUGAAGGAAAUUUCAGUUCCCAAUAAGGAAGAGAGAAUAUUGAGCAAAAGAGAUUCUAUGCCAAUGGAAAACACUCUUCCUACAAGCGAACUCAUGAUAAACACACCAAUGGAAACGGAAAUUUCAGUUCCCAAUAGAGAAGAGAAACCUCAGCAACAAAUUACAACAGAUGAAACACCUGCCAACAAAACUGAUAACCAGAAUUCGACAAAGAAUUUCGAACAGACGUUGAAAAUUUCAAAUAAUGAUAAGAACAUAACUUCCUCGGAAGCUGGAAUUGGCAAUGAAACGCUGUCGGAAACUUACAACUCACAUUUAGGAAAAGACAAUGAGUCGUCCAGAGCGAAAGAAGCUGAGCCGAUUACCAAAACAUUAAAUAUUUCUGACAAAGAAGAGAAUAAAUCCAAAAACGGCGAGCCAAAUUCGAUAGUUUCGAAAAGAAUAUCACGUUUUAAGAAGGGUAAAAUCAAUUUGGUACAACGUAAUAAACCUACAGCGCCCACGGUUGGGGCAAAGAAGCCAAAAGAACAGAUGUCAACGGUGGCCACAACAAAUAAUGCUGCAGCCACCGCAAAGGAGAACGCACAACAAAAGCUCAAAGAUGCUGCAAUUUCAUCAGAUUCUAUGAAGACGAAAGGAGAUAUUGGAAUACAGCAGAACAAAGAAAUAGAACCAAAUUCAGUAGGCACCAAUGCAGAUUUAAUCGAAACAGCCGGAGAGAAGGAUAUUGAGACUAAGGGAGAAGAUCCAUUAACAACUAAGGCAUCGUCUUCCGAGCAAAACCGAGCAAAAGAAAUGUCAAAUGCUGUGGAAGUUACUUCAGAUUCUUUAAAUAUUGCAGAAAAUUGCAGGACUGCGAAAAAAGGAGAGAAAGAAAUCGAGGAAGCAUCCUGCGCAGAGCCGAGCACAGAACCAAUAUCAAAUGCAGCAGGAAAUUCUUUAGAAGAGAAUGAUCCCAAAACUGGUGGAACAGCAUCGAUUUUAAAUGAAAGUGCUUUAACAACCAUUGAAUUGGAAAACAGAGAACAAUUAGGAAAUCUAGCCGAAAAUUUCUCUGCCCAGGAGAACCGAAAACCAAAGGAAAAAGCAAUUGCUGGCAUGCAAAUUAGAGGGGAAAAUCAAUCCAAUACUGGCGGAAAAACAACACAGGAAAUCGAGAAUCCAGCAAUUGCCGAGAACAAUCUUGAAGAGUCUAAAAUUGCAUCUUUGGACAAAGAAUAUCCAUCGGCAUCUGUAGAGGUGAAAGAUUGUGAAAAAGCCACAAAACAAGCCCUGAUUGAAACGGGAAACGAAAUGGAUAUCAAUAUGACCAAGAAUGUUUUUGGGGAUGAAGAUGGAAACAAUCAGUUGAUGGAAACAUCACAAAGUGUGAACAGAGAGGAUAUUGAUUCUUCUAAUUCUGUAUUGCCUGAGGUACAAACAAAUCAUGCAAAUGAAACUGAGACUGUUUUAAAAACACACCAAGAUGUGGCCGAAACGAAAUCCUCUAAAGAUGAUAAUCAGGUUGGAAAGAGCGUUUUCGAAACACCUGAUGGCACUGAAACAAUUAUUACAACCCAGGAGUGCAAUGAAGACAUCGGUACCGAAAAUUCUAUUCUUUUCGAACAUCCCACAAAUCAAGUAUUAAAAGAAUCACCCGAAGCUCAAUCCUUAUCCAAGGCAUCUUCAAUUGCAACAAGUGAAGAUAUGGGACCACAAUCCAUAUCCAAAAGCUCUGUAGUUUUUAAAAGUUCUGAAAAACCUACAUGUCCAACAUCCGAUGAAGCAAAUACAGAUGGUUCAACUCAACCCCUCUCCAAGGACUCUGAAAAUCUUCUCGUUCCCAUGGAACCAAUUGAAAAUACUGGUACUGAGAAUUCGAAUGCAAAACCAUUAGAAACAAACACUGCAGCUCAUUCCAAAAAUUAUGAAAACGAUCCCCUAAGUUCUCAAGUUGAACGACCAGAUACUUCCAUUCCAGAGGUAUCAAAAAAAUCUGAGGAAAUUUCUACAACCGAGUCUCUUUCUUUGGACUCCAAUUCUAAAAAUGAAAACAAUGACACCUGCCAAAGCAUUGAAACAAUCCCGAAGCCUCCUAUUUUAACGGAGAAUAUCCCCACUCAAGCAGGAAAUAUUGGAUCGUUGGGAGCAAAUGAUGAUGUUAACCAAAACAAGAGGUGUACUGAAGAAAAUAUAACAGAUAAUAACACCACGACAAUAAAAGCAAUUGAGUCUAAAAAUCAGACACCUGAAAGUUCUGAAGGGAGGAAUAUCUGUCAGAUGCCGGAGGAUAUUUCUUCUGGGCCGGGUAUUGAAGGUGCUCAGCAUAAAGCAAAUGUUGAGGUAGAUGUAAAUAAUUCGUUGGAAAUUUGCAGAGAAAAUCAAGAUCUUUAUGAAUCAAGGGAAACUGGAAAAUCUCUUGAGAAUAACACAGGUUCCUCUCAAAUAUCCGACGGUGAAGAGAUACGUUCAAAGACCUUAAAUGUGGAACAAAUAAGAAAAACAAUCGAGGUAGUUAUGAAUGAAUCUCCUCACGAUUCCUUAUCGGAUAAUCAUUUGGGUACUGAGCAAAAUUCUUUAGAAGCUAAUAAUUCCUCCAGUGUAGAUAAAGCUGCUGCCAAAAAAUCUUUAGAUGCUAAACAUUCCAAUUCCCAGAAUUGCAACAAAACGUCGACCCCCAGGGAAAUGAGAAAGUCAAUCAAACAGCUAAUGAUGAAAUCUUUGGCGGAAGAAAGCAAACCAACUACUUCCGGAACAUUCUCGCCAGCACUGGAAACCGCUGCUCAAUCCAAAGAAUUACAAACUGUCCAGAUUUCUCUUGCUGAUAUUGUAAAGAAUCCACCAACAACGGGGCAACAGACACCCCCACCAAAAAUACCCUUUAAAAGACCCAUUAAUCGAAUGUCAAGAUUGGAGCAAAUUAAGGGUAUAAGGGAUUUACUAAAUAAAAUUAAGAAACCCGAAGAGAAGGAAGUGGAAAACAAAGGCAAUAAUUUACCUGGAGCAGAUGCUGGCAAGUCGAAGACAAAUGAGGAGUGUCAAGUUACUCUAAAUAUGUCUCAACCCACAAUAAGUAUUAAAAAGCUGAGCGAUUUAAUACCAGGUGACAGCUGGCUGCAGCGUAAACGUCAUAAAUCGGAAGGUGAAUCUGAAACAGUGCCGGAAUGUGCGGACUCUCCAUCGGGAUCACAUGAAAUUUCUGAAACGCCAAGUCCCAUAAGACGUAGAAGAUCUACCCGAUUGGGUUUGUGUAACAUUAAUGAAAGUAAAGUGGACAUACCUACGAGGGACAUACCUGCUGAGGGCAAGAUGUCAGAAGGUCUUAAGACUUCUAAAAAUCAAAAUCAAAUACCUUUAGGCAUGGAUGCGAAAGAUACCAAUUUGCCAGAUGAUAGUCCCACAAAAGACAAGGAAAAUCAAUUAAAAUGUUCUAGGCGGACACGGCGCUCUUCUAAACAAGGUGAGAAAAAUAAUGACCCCACAUUUGUGGAAAUCAGCACAGAAGAAGUGGGCAAGAGAACUCGACAUGCCUCUAAGACCGCAGAUGUUGCUUUCACUCCCUUUGAUAAAUUAAAGGACACAAGUUCUUGUCCCCUAAAAAGAAUACGUUUAUGCUCGAAAUCCAGUGACACCGAGCACACCUCUGAGAGACUUCCUCAUUUAUCGUCUUCGCUUGAUAUUAGCGAUUCUUGUCAUGAUAGCACCACAGAACAUAAUUCAGGGAAAAUCUCAAGCCAGAGUCCACGAAAACGAUUGCGCAAAACAUUGGAUGAUAUUAAAAAAUCCCAUAAAAUUGCCAGUGACUCGGAGGAUGAGCGAGAAUUUGAUAGCAUAUCCAAUGGCUAUGGAGAUGAGGAGGGUCCCAGUGAUUUCCUUGGGUUUGAAGACAAUUCCUCCCUAGGAUCAUCGAGUAAAUGCAAAACUCCUGAUACACACUCCAUGGAUGGCCAUGAAAAGAAUUCACCUACCAAGGCUUCCACAACCAAGGGGGGCACAUUGAAAAAUUGGCUUACCACCGGCAAGGCAAUUUCACCAACGUCCAUUAAAGAUGGAGUGGCAUCCAUAACGACGCGGCAGCGUCAACGUUCUAUGCCACUGAAAAAGCGUUGGGAUGCCAAACAAAAAUCAAUAGAAGAGACUGAUAUAACCGAUGAUAGCACACCUGCCAAUGAUGAGGACGAUGAUGAUGAAGAGGUGCAGAAGAAUGCGUUAGCAGAGGCCUUAGAUGAAAAGAAAAUCAAGGGAAAUAAAAGAUCUGUAAAAACUGUGAUUAAUAGCGAUAAGGAUUCAUUAAGUGCUAAAAGGAGGAAGAAGGAUAACAAGAAGGAGGCUUGCAAUAGCAAUGUUAGUUCUAAUACCACAAAAUCUAUGGCUGAACCAAAAUCGGUGGUGAUAUCCUUAAAGGGGGAGACAACAAACAAAAUAUCUGAAACUGAUUCUGAUACCCCCUCGGCCGUUGGUCGGAGAGUAAAACGCCCCCGGAGGCGUUUAAUUUCCGAUGAUUUUGUAACGGAUGCAAAAAAUAACAGGGAAUCAAAUGAUAAAGUUAAUGAACCACCCAGAGUGGAAAUCACCGUCGAAGAAAAGCCAGCAAGCAGACGCAAACAAAGAUUUCCCCAAAAAGAAAUGCAAAAUGAGAUUGAAAUCAUAGAACCAUCAGAGAAUAAUACGGCAACCAAUGAAAGUCUUGUUGAAACGAACGAUACGAAUGAGGAGCUACUCAUACCUAUGCCCUCGAAGAGAAAACGUGAAAGAAAAAAGAAAUAUGAUGUAAACAUUCCUGAAAGCGUUGCCACUAAUACACCUGCAGCUAAAGCAAAAAGAGAGAUUUCUAUAAAACCGACAACAUCUUCAAGGCGGCGAUCGAAAAUCGAUCGAUCACAGGCUGUAGAAGAGGUGAGUCAAGAGGCCACAAAAGAAUCCCUUGAAGUCUCACAAAUCAAUGAAACUGCAAUCGAGCAAACGGAAGAGUUCACAACGCCGUCCAAGCCGAAAGGCAAACGGGGAAGAAAAAAGAAAAUACUCACAGAGUGCGCAUCAUCAACCUCAAUAUUGGAUGAUGGAAAAGUGGAGAGUCCACAGAAAAUCGUAGAACCACUUGAUGUCUCACAACCCACGGAAGAGUUCACAACACCACAGCCCAAGGGUAAACGGGGAAGAAAAAAGAAAAUACCGAAUGAAGUUGAUACGCCGGAAAUAAGUACUCCUCAAUCUGAUGAACCCAAAACACCUGCAGCACAGAGUAGGCCAAGACACAGGACAGCGGAAAAUCAAUUUAAUGUUCGCCUAUUGCUCAUAACCAAACGUGAACAAUUGGAUACGGAUGAGGUACUAACAUUCGAGUCCAAUCCAGGUUCGGGACCAAUUCAGUGUGGCCUCUGUUUGAAACGUACCACCGAAUCCAAAUGGAUAAUUCAUUUGUCACAACAUUACGGUGUUGGCUGGAAGAUUGGAGAGCAGGAAGUGGAAAUAGAUUAUCGUCCCUCAGUUCUAAAUGCAAUAAUAACCUUUCUCAAAGACACCGAACUAAAGGGCUUAGCCUGUCGCAUGUGCAACAAACUCUAUCGUUCGGGCUUGGGACUUUUAACGCAUAUUGAAAAUUGCGGCAGUGAAGCUCAACGGGCGGACUGUGAAUAUUGUCAUCGGAAUUAUGCUCUUAGUACGUUGACUGCACACGUACGAUCGUGUCCGGAGAAAUUCAAACAAUUGAAGGAAACCGAAUCAUCCGAUGCAGCUGAUAUUGCGGACACGGCGCCGGCGGAGGAACAAGUUUUAAGUGCAACAGGUCGGGCAAAACGUCACUCGACAAUCAAGGCUGAAACGAAAAUCAAACAACUCGGUGCCGAUUUGAUUACGAAUGCUGAAGAAAAACAUGAUUUCAAUCCACAGGAUUUCAUACGUUAUACAGCUCCGUUGGGUGAUGAUGUGCGAGAAAAGUGGUCCAAUGAUAUCAGGAAAUUUGAAAAAGCCUUUUGUCCGAACAAAUUGUGUCAAUUUGUAAGCGAUAAAAUCGAGCAGCUAGAACAACACAUUGCAUCUUGUCGUUUUAUUGCAAAACCGGGCUAUUAUUGUACAAGUUGUAAACGGCUUCGUUUCGAAACCGAAAAGGAAGCUGUGACUCAUGUCAAUGCAACCCAUCAUCCCAAAGAAGAUUUUUCUCUAUCCGAUUCGGAUUGUAACAUUAAAACCGAUGAUGAACAAUCAUCGGAUGAUGGUGAUAAUGAUUUAUCCGAUGCUGUCGAAGAAGAUGAAAAUGAAUUGAACGAUGUGGAAACUGCUAAGAGUUUUAAGAGGAAGAGAACAUCAAAAGCAAUGCCAACCGGAAUUAAUUUCCGCAAAAGAGUCUUUGAAAAACGCAACCGUGAUGGCCCAAAUAAAAUGGUUUUGGAAAAAUGGUUAAAUUUCACAAGCCUGAAUUAUUCCAUGAAACCCUUGUUUGAGAAUUUUAAGCCGCAAUACGCCAAAUGCAAUAUGGAAAAUUUGGAAAAAUAUCUACCAAAUCAAAAUAUUUCCAUGAAAUUUGUCAUGUCAACGAAGAAGAAAUUGCCACCUGCCAUUGGUUUGCCUCCCGAUGGCGAUGAGGAAUGGCAACAAAUUGAACGUUUUGAAAAAUUCCAUUAUGAAUCUGAUGCCAUUUGUUUUGUGGGUGCCCCGAUUAUCAGCUGUUCCUGGAUACCAUUACCCAAUGAUGUUCGUGAACAAUAUCUGUUGGUAGCCUAUCGCAGAGAUAUGUUUAAGUUUACAAAAUUUCAAAAUCCCAAACGUUUCAAAACGAGUUUAGUUUUGUUUAAAGUUACGCAAAAUAAGAUGCAUGGCAAACGAGUGCCGGAAAUGCAUGUGCAUUACAUCAUUGCCAUAGAAAAUGGUCCAGUUUAUAAUAUGGCAUUUCUACCAAGUGGCGGCUACAAUUUGGAGGAUAAUCGUCUGGGUUUGGUUGCUGUGGCAACAGCUGAUAGUAACAUAAAUAUUUAUGCCUUACCCAUUGAGGUGUCUCCGAAAGCAGAAAAUUCCAAUGACCUUACAGUAAUUGAAUUGAAACCAAGUUUUGAAUUAAUGAUAGACAUUAUGAGCCAGCAUGGCAGUAGUGAUGAUCAUGUCUUGUUAAAUCCGCAAUGUUUGCAGAUAUGUUGGUCGGAGUUUAAUGGCCACAACCAUAUCUUUGCAAGCUAUUCAAAUGGCUGUCUGGGUAUGUGGGACAUAAGUGAUGAUGCUGAAGAGAACUUAAAUCGGUUUGAAGUUAAUGGUAUCAUACAAUAUGCUCCCUUGAACUACUUUUAUGUGGGAGAAAAGGGCGUACGCUAUUUUGCUGUACACUAUGACAGCCUUGGACCCCGGUGGCUGGCAUUAAAUUGCUUUUACCGCAAAUUUCUUAUAUAUGAUAUACGAAAUUUCAAUCUGCCUAUACCAUUGAAGGAAGAUUAUGCACGUAAUGUGGUGCGUGGUCUGGAAUGGUGUCCCCUAUGGGAACCUGUCAUGGUGGCCUAUUGUGAUGCAAUACCAAAUAAUGGCCGUAGUGUGUUAUUGAUCAAUCCCACAAAUAUUAUGUCACAACAACAAAAAUUGGAUUUUGUUGUCAGUGCUGUUACCGGUGUCCACUAUAAUCCAUGGACAAAUAUGUGUGUGGAAUCGGUGGAUAAUGGUGAUAUCGUAUUUAUGGAUUGUCGUGAAAUGCACUAUGAACUGGUGUUGGGUAGAAAAUUUGGCGAGAGGCGUAUACUUUCUUCGAUGGACAUUAAACAAUUGGACGGGACACCACUGAAAAGACUGACGGAUGUUAAAGAAAAUGAAAAACUUCAAAUGGAAUGGUCAAUGUAUGAUAAUGACUAUAAGGAGAAGUAUGGGUUGGUUUUACAACCAUUGAUAAAGCUCAAGGAAUCAUUAAAAAGCACUUACUUGAGUGAAAAACGAAGAGCUCCCAUUAAUGUUACACCCUAUUUGCGUAUCAAUACCCUGCGUUGCAACCUCAAUAAAAGUGCAAAGAAAUUAGUUGCUGUUGGCUAUGAAAAUGGUUUCAUACGUAUUAUACAUUUCGAUAAGGACUCACAAUACCGGAAUUGUUAAGGAAAACCAAAACAAACAUUAUGAAAACAUUGUAUACUCUAUUGUAAAUAAAUUUAUUAUUAUAGUAUAUUGUGUAAUAUACAUAAAUAUUAUUAUUAAAAAAAUUGUUAACCUAUGUAGUCUCUAUGAACUCUACAUAAUAAUGUUUAAUUUAAUUUAUUACAAUUUAUUUUUAAUACUUAAUUUAAGAGACUUUGUAAUAUUUUGUUUUAAUUAUUUUGAAUUUAUUGAAUUGUUCUUUUUUCUUGAUAUUUAAAUUAUUUUUUAAUAAAUAUGUACAUCUAUCAUAGUUUUUUUAUUAUUAAGUUUGAUCUUUUUUUGGAAUAAAAUAUAUUAAAAACAAGUCAUGAAUUUUUCCAAAAGAACAUAUUGUGGAACAAAAAAAAGUAAUUCUUAUAACAAUGAACAAAAUUUUUAUAUAAUAAAUUAUGUGAAAUAAUAUCUAAAGUUGUUUUUACUCGAAUGUGUUUACUUAAU